AUAUAAACAAAAAUCGUUUCGAUUUCUUACAAAUCUCCACACUUCCAGGACAUUUCGUCCGCCCUAUCUACGCCGUCCCACAAACUCUUCGGGCCACUACCAGAAAUGCACUCCACCACCACUAACACCUCCACCGCCGUCUCCGCCGCCACUUUCCGGCCACCACUACCACAACAAAUUUCCCCAAACCCUAACCAAAAUUCCAUCCAAUUCAAACCAAAUCCACUCUCAAAUCAUCACUCUAUCUCCAUCAACUCAAACAAAAAUCAAAUCACCGUAACACCGCCACAACCGCCGCCGCCGUCGCUAUACUUUCCGGCAAAACUCACCGUCACAGAAAAACUGAAAAUCCUCGUUUCGGAAUUCAAAUCAUUACCUGAACCAAUCGACAGAGUAAAAAAGCUACUCCACUACGCCAGCUUGUUACCUGAAUUUGAGAAUUCAUUAAGAACUGAAUCAAAUAGAGUAACAGGAUGUACAGCUCAAGUAUGGCUAGAAGCCAUAAUUGCCGAUAGCAACGGAACGAUUCGGUUUCGAGUAGAUAGCGAUUCGGAGAUAACGAAAGGAUUCUGUUAUUGUUUGAUAUGGUUAUUAGAUGGAGAAAAAGGAGAGGAAGUAAUUAAGAUUAAUGUUGAGGAUUUAAAAGAAAUGAAUGUUGGAAUAACGCCAAUUAGGGUUAGUUCUAGAGUUAAUACUUGGCAUCAUGUGUUACUUGCCAUGCAAAAUAAAACUAUAACUUUGUUAAAUUUAAAUUAAAACAGAAAGUAGUUUAGAAGGUUAUGAUAGAAAUUAUUGGAUUAGAGAGAGAGAAAAAUUGUAUGGUUGAAAAAUCUUGGUUUCUCAAUUGAUUGUAGUUGUAAAUGAAUGGGAAGGUUGAUUGUACUGUUUUACUUACUUGCGUUGAAACUGAUCAAUAUUUAGGCCGGCCGGUAAAA